AUGCCAGCUGUGUUUUUGACCGCAUAUCGCUGCACUACAGAAAGUCUGGAUGUUUGCACUCAUUUUCUUCAGGCACUAGUGCAAAUCUUCCAGCAAGAAUGCCCAUGUUGGGAUCGGUUUUUCUUCAUGCCGCUGGUUCGAGGAGACCCUACAGUGGAUGAAAAGGAACGCUUCACCCAGACCACCUUAGAUCUUGUGGAUGUCUUGAAUGCGCGAUCCCAACAGGGCACGUUGUGGUUGCACAGCUUCGGGCGUGACGGGUCUGCAAAGUUUGCGUAUCCAAGAUCAUAUCUCACCAAGGCAUUCUUGGCCGAGGUCGUGCAGGGUUUGUUCCAUGUGAAUAGCUUCGUUUGGAUUCGAAGCAAGCUUGAGAAACAGUUCAACUCCCAAGAUGUUGCCGUCAAGGUCUCCAAGAGAUCACGGUCAGGUCGAGGUCAGCUCAGUGAAGAAGACGUACGAAUGUUGCAUUUCUUCUCAGCGAAGUUGAAUUUCAUCGAGCGCUACUGCUUUUCCGCUGAGUUGGUCAAGAAGGAUUGGGCCGAGACCUCUCCGGUAGAGGGUCUUCGUUGUGGGGUUGAUGUGGAGAGAGUGGAAAUGGUGGCAAGUGAAUGGUUGAACUAUUGGGCAUUUCCUCUAGCUGGUGCAAAGCCCCAAGGUUUGGAGAGGAUGUUUAUGGACUACUUGGCGGCAUUGGAUGAGGGUUUGUGGUGCCUUCUUCAGCAUCAUCGCUUGCUGCCCAGUCUGCCACAGCUUGUUCAACGGAUGGUGGACACAUUGCCGGUAGAAGAGGCCCAGAGACUACCAAUGGCAUUGGCUUGGCUGCAGAAUCAUGACAAAACCAAGAUAGUCUCGUCAUAG